AUGUCAGCCAUCACUAACACCACAGAAGAAUCCUUCUAUUUCAUUCUUACUGGCAUCCCAGGGUUUGAGGCAGUACACAUCUGGAUCUCCAUCCCCUUCUUCUGCUUAUACAUGAUUUCCAUGAUUGGCAACACCACCAUCCUAUCUGUCAUUUGGACAGAGCCCUCACUCCACCAGCCCAUGUACAUGUUUCUCUCUAUGCUGACCCUAACUGACCUAGGCCUUACCCUCACCACUCUGCCCACAGUAAUGCGCCUCCUCUGGUUCAAUGCCCGUGAGAUCAGUGUGGAAGCCUGCUUUGUCCAAUUUUUCUUCCUCCAUGGCUUCUCCUUCAUGGAGUCUUCAGUACUCCUGGCCAUGGCCUUUGAUCGCUAUGUUGCCAUCUGCCGCCCUCUCCAUUAUGCCUCUAUCCUCACAGACAUAGUUGUCAGCCGGAUUGGGAUGGCCAUCAUUAUCCGCUGUGUUGGGGCAGUCUUGCCCCCUCUCUUUCUGCUCAAACGGCUGCCCUUUUGCCAUUCCCAUGUACUCAUUCACUCCUAUUGCCUCCACCAGGACAUGAUCCGCCUCGUCUGUGGUGACAUCACGGUCAACAGCUGGUAUGGCUUUGGAUUGGUCAUGGUCAUCUAUGUGCUUGACCCUCUCCUCAUUGUUUUCUCCUAUGCACUGAUCCUGCGCAGUGUUUUACAUGCUGCCACUCAGGCUGAGCGUCUUCGGGCCUUCAAUAACUGUCUUUCCCAUAUUCUGGCUGUGCUUGUCCUCUAUGUGCCUAUGAUAGGGCUGUCAAUGGUGCAACGCUUUGCCAGGCAUGCCCCACCACUGGUCCAUGUGGUGAUGGCCAAUGUCUACCUGCUGUCACCCCCUGUGAUGAACCCCAUCAUCUACACUGUGAAGACCAAGCAGAUCCGCCAAAGUAUCCUCCUUCUUCUGUCUUGGAGGAAAGCAUAUUAA